GUCGCUGCAAUCACUUUCUUACACGUUCUGGAAGUGCCUGAUCCCAUCAAUUCGGAAAAAAUCAGUCGAGAGUCUCAAAAAAAAUUUCCAAAAACCGUGAAAAUCUCUCGUAAAAAAACCCAAAGAAAUCAUCGACCGCGCGUUUAGCGUCAUUAAAAAUAGUACAAACGUGUAUUAAUGGCGCGAAGUGUCGGCCAUUUUACAAUCUCUCUCUACCUCCGUAAAUCUCGAGGCACUUGUACCCAAGUAAUUACGCAUCCACGUUCUAUAAUCAUCGGUAAAAGGGCUCGAGCACCGAUCAAUUGAUCAAUCACAACGAAUGAUGUUGUUGACAUUUUUUUCCAGGUGGAAUUGAAAUAUCUCAGCGAAAAUGCAAGCGGAGAUUCUCGGUUCUAAUGAUAUCGAGGGAUUGACUGCGGAAAAUCUCAUUCCUGUGGAAUUCCUAUUUCGUGAUGAUUCACAACGAUCGCGUUCACAGGAUGCCCUGUCGAUUGUUGAACUAGGAAAACAAUUAUUGCUGAGCGCUAAAAAUGGAGAGACUGAGACUGUCAGGGAUCUCAUGUGUCGCGGUGCCCCAUUCACAUCUGAUUGGUUGGGAACGAGUGCUCUGCACCUCGCAGCUCAGAGCAAUCACGUGGACACAGCUGAGGUACUCCUUCGCGCUGGCAUCUCCAGGGAUGCUAGAACGAAGGUGGACAGAACACCUCUGCACAUGGCAGCCUACGAGGGCCACCACGAAAUGGCUGUUCUCUUGCUGAAUUAUGGGGCCGACGUCGACAGCAGAGACAUGUUAAGAAUGACUCCUCUCCACUGGGCAGUGGAGCGAGAGCACGAGGAGGUAAUGCACGUCCUCCUAGAACACGGGGCAGACGCUAAUUCCAUAAGUAAAUUCGAUAAAACCCCGAUAAGUCUGGCCCUGGAGCACGACAGACUGGAUCUAGUGGAUAUUUUACAACAGGAGCGAGAAAUUCUUACAUUGAGAGAGGAAAAACAGAGACAGGCAAAUACAGCUGAAAUUGAAGAAGCUACUCACAGUUUGAUGCAGAUGCAGGAGGCUGAGAGGAAGGAGCAGCAGCAGUUCGAGAUGCAGCAGCAACUGCAACAGAAGAGAAAAAUUCAGCAAGCACAACCAAUGAAAAAGCAGAAAGUCAUUUUUCAACCGAUUCAUGUGGCUCCGUCGAGUGACGAUGAGCAAGAGAAAGAGGCGGAAUUGGCGGAUAGGAUAAGUAGCAUUGAAAAUAGUACAUUUAAGAAGCGAAAAGAGAUGGGAGGACUGAGUGGACUUGAACAGCCCCUUCGGCUACUCGAGGCACAUGGAAUAACAAUGAUACCAGUGGACAAUGAUGCUAGUAUCGUUGAGAAUGCCAUGGAAAGUGGGAGGACUGUUGUAUUGACAGAAGCUGGAAAAUUAGCUUUAAAUCUGACGAGAAAUCCAUCAGUGGGAGGAAAGAAACUCCAGGACUUGCAGAUCGGUAAUACAACGUACAAAGCCAGGAGGAAAGUCAUUGCCAUAAGGGCUGAUCAGAUUCUCAACAAGAGUCAGCCUGCCCUUACCCCGAAAGGACCAAACAUUCUCAAGAGAAAUACAACUGAUAGUAAAUCAGGAAAAUUUUUUUUAAGUUCAAUACCCAAUAAUUCAUCCAACUUCACGAAUGCAAAAACGAUUACACCUAAAAUUCAGAGGAAAGCCCCUGAAUCCCCUCCGAGACAGAAAAAUCCAAUUCUCUUGAAACUGGACGACGAGAUUGAGGAAGUCGAGGAAGAUUCAUCAACCGGAGAGACUACUGAAGAUCAAGUAAUGGAUAUUGCUCUAUUGAAUAAACAAUUGAUAGAGGCACGGAGAUUAGCAGCCGAGUAUCGGAAACAAUUGCAGAAAAAGGAGGAGGAGGCGGAGAUUUAUAAACAGCAGUUGAAGAAUAUCACAGCACAAACAACAACAAAAUGACUUUCUCCAUGAAUUAUUUUAUAAAUCAUUUUUACUGACAUCACUCACUCUUUGGGAAUUUUCUCCUCGAUUUUUCUCACGUUUUUCGUGUAUAUAGGAGUCUUUUUCUGUAUAAAUCGUGUACAAAGUGCCAAUGCCAUAAGUCAAUGGUGAAAAGACGUUUUUGAUACUAAAUGAAUUCCAAGUAAUUCAUUGAUCAUUAUUUUUUUUUUAUUUGAGGAGUUGAUUUGAGUUUUUCGUGAUACUUCAGGAUUUUUAGAUCAUUAAUUUUUGAGUUGUUUUGUGUAUGACUUGAGGAUUUUUUUAAGGAAGGGAUGAUUUUUUUGUAAUCUGCGAUUACAAUUGUAAUAUUGUAAUAUUGUGUUGUCGAUGCUGGGGAAUUAUUUUUAUACGAAAAUUGUAAAUUUGAGUGACGAAAAUAUCCAGAUGUGAGGCUUUUCGGAAGAAUUUGUGAAAGUA